GUGCGGCCCGACGGCUGGCUGCUGCGGCCCGGAGCGGGUUGGCCGGGACCUGACGCCGCCUGCGAGCUGCAGGUUUCUUCUAUAACUGGAUCACGAGUUUGCUGCACAAAGUACAAUGUCUCGAUCCCGGCAGCCUCCACUUGUGACAGGCAUCUCUCCAAAUGAAGGAAUACCUUGGACCAAAGUCACAAUUAGAGGGGAGAACCUGGGUACUGGUCCCACUGACCUCAUAGGCUUGACAAUUUGUGGACAUAAUUGCCUCCUCACGGCAGAAUGGAUGUCUGCGAGUAAAAUUGUCUGUCGAGUGGGACAAGCCAAAAAUGACAAAGGAGACAUUAUUGUCACAACUAAGUCAGGGGGCAAAGGAACCUCAACUGUCUCUUUUAAGUUGCUCAAGCCUGAAAAAAUAGGCAUUUUAGAUCAGUCUGCAGUGUGGGUGGAUGAAAUGAAUUAUUAUGAUAUGCGGACUGACAGGAACAAAGGGAUUCCUCCCUUGUCUCUCCGUCCUGCGAAUCCUCUCGGCAUUGAAAUUGAAAAAUGUAAACUUCCUCAGAAGAACUUAGAAGUGUUAUUCCAUGGCAUGAGUGCUGAUUUUACAAGUGAGAAUUUUUCAGCAGCCUGGUAUCUCAUAGAGAAUCACUCCACCACCAGUUUUGAGCAGCUCAAGAUGGCCGUCACCAACCUCAAAAGGCAGGCCAACAAGAAGAGUGAGGGUAGUCUGGCGUAUGUGAAGGGCGGCCUCAGUACCUUCUUUGAAGCUCAAGAUGCUCUCUCAGCUAUCCAUCAAAAGCUAGAAGCAGAUGGAACUGAAAAAGUAGAAGGAUCCAUGACACAGAAAUUGGAGAAUGUCCUCAAUAGAGCAAGUAACACUGCUGACACUUUGUUCCAAGAAGUGUUAGGUCGGAAAGACAAGGCAGAUUCCACUAGGAACGCACUCAACGUACUUCAGCGAUUUAAAUUUCUCUUCAACCUUCCUCUCAAUAUUAAACGGAAUAUUCAAAAGGGGGAUUAUGAUGUAGUUAUUAAUGAUUAUGAAAAAGCCAAAUCGCUCUUUGGGAAAACGGAGGUGCAAGUUUUCAAGAAAUAUUAUGCUGAAGUAGAAGCAGGAAUUGAAGAUCUAAGAGAGUUACUUCUAAAGAAAUUGCUCGAGACUCCGUCAACCUUACAUGACCAGAAGCGUUACAUAAGGUAUCUCUCCGACCUCCAUGCACCAGGUGACCCUGCUUGGCAGUGUAUCGGAGCUCAGCACAAGUGGACCCUCAAGCUCAUGCAAGACUGCAAAGAGGGCCACAUGAAAAGCCUAAAAGGUAACCCAGGCCCGCACAGCCCCAUGCUCGACCUAGAUAACGAUGUGCGCCCCUCCGUAUUGGGCCAUCUCAGUCAGACAGCGUCACUGAAGAGGGGGAGCAGCUUUCAGUCCGGCCGAGAUGACACAUGGAGGUACAAGACUCCCCACAGAGUGGCAUUUGUUGAAAAAUUAACCAAGCUUGUGUUAAGUCACCUGCCUAACUUCUGGAAACUCUGGAUUUCGUAUGUUAAUGGAAGUCUUUUCAGUGAGACUGCUGAGAAGUCAGGCCAGAUUGAAAGAUCAAAGAAUGUAAGGCAGCGACAAAACGAUUUCAAGGUGAUGUUAUACUGUAUGUGCACCCAUCUGCUGCAGAGACCCUGUACUGUCCCUGCUGUGCUCCUGCUGUCACUCCUAAGCUCCGUGAGGUCCAGGCAAGGCAGGGCUGCUCAGAUCCCCGUUCUCUCACUUGUGUUUUAUCUGUUUGCCAGGCUAACAUAUGAAUCACUGACCGCCCUGGAGAUUCCCAAUGACAUGUUACAGAUUAUCCAGGACCUGAUUUUGGAUCUCCGAAUACGUUGCAUAAUGGUGGCGUUGCAGCACACGGCUGAAGAAAUAAAGAGAUUAGCUGAAAAAGAAGAUUGGAUUGUUGAUAAUGAAGGACUGACUUCCCUACCAUGUCAGUUUGAACAGAGUAUCGUUCACUCCCUGCAGUCAUUGAAGGGUGUUGUCGAUUGCAAACCUGGAGAAGUCAGCGUCUUUCAACAGCCUAAAACACAGGAGGAGGUUUGCCGGCUGUGCAUCAGUAUCAUGCAGGUUUUUAUAUACUGCUUGGAACAACUGAGCACCAAGCCUGAUGCAGACAUAGAUACUACUCAUCUUUCUGGUGAUGUUUCGUCUCCUGAUUUGUUUGGAAGCAUCCAUGAAGACUUCAGUUUGACUUCAGAGCAGAGGCUUUUGAUAGUCCUGAGUAAUUGCUGCUAUUUAGAACGUCACACCUUCCUAAACAUAGCAGAACAUUUUGAAAAACACAACUUCCAGGGAAUAGAAAAAAUAACACAGGUUAGCAUGGCAUCACUGAAAGAACUGGAUCAACGUCUCUUUGAAAAUUACAUUGAGCUAAAAGCAGAUCCCAUUGUUGGAUCCUUGGAACCUGGGAUCUACGCAGGCUAUUUUGAUUGGAAAGACUGCCUGCCCCCGGCAGGUGUGAGAAACUAUUUAAAAGAAGCAUUGGUGAAUAUAAUUGCUGUGCAUGCAGAGGUGUUCACUAUUUCCAAAGAACUGGUGCCUCGCGUCUUGGCCAGAGUGGUCGAGGCGGUCUCUGAAGAGCUGAGCCGGCUGAUGCAGUGCGUCUCGUCCUUCAGCAGAAAUGGAGCACUGCAGGCCAGACUUGAAAUCUGUGCUCUGAGGGACACUGUAGCCAUUUACCUGACCUCGGAAAGCAGGUCUAGUUUUAAACAGGCCCUGGAGGCUCUGCCUCAACUUGCAAGUGGUGCGGACAAAAAGUUACUGGAAGAGCUGCUCAACAAGUUCAAGAGCAGCAUGCACUUGCAGCUCACCUGUUUCCAAGCUGCAUCUCCAACAGUCAUGAAAACAUAAGGCCUUGCAAGAAGGGCAUCAGGCAUGGCGAUGGAGACUGUCCUCAUACUGUGCCAGAGAGAUUAUGCUCCAAGCACUGCAUUUAACUUCUCUUUUUCCCAGCAUGGUGGUGCAGAAAGAUGCCGAUGGGUAUUUAAUUCCAAUCUAUUUAAACUACCAUAGUUUAAACAUCCAAAUAAACAGUUUUUGUUAUUACUAGCUUUGUUCCUGUAAGACUGUGUAGCAUACUCUUCAGAAUGCUGUGAGUUUGGGGGGUUCUCCAUCAUGGUCCAAAGCGGCCCAUGGGGUGUGUGUGUGUGCGUGCGCGUGCGUGAGUGUGUAUGUGUGUGUGUGCGUGCGCGUGUGUGUGUGUGUGUGUGUGCGCGCGUGUGUGCGCGUGCGCGUGUGUGUGCACAUGUGAAUUUCUCAGUGCCCCUCUUCCAGGCCUACUGUUGGCAGUUUCCAGCCCAGGUGUGGCCUGUGGGAAGAGAUUUGAAGUCACAGCUUUUGAAGCUUUGUCCUAAACUUUAAAAUAACCAUUUCAUACAAGUGGUUCUAAGCUCCCCCCCCCUUUUUUUGUAAAGAAAAAUAUACAGUCUACAUAUAAAAAUGUUAAUAUUUGGAUAAUUUGUGACCCACAAGUCCUCGGUGAACUCUGACUUUCUCCCAGUGCUAAACACUGAAGCUUCUGGUUCUCACUCAGCCUUAAGCGAUGCAUCCCUGUGCAGUGGUGUGGGGAGCGCUCACAAGCACCUGUAUGUGGAGGCCCUGUCACACCCACAAGGCCUGGGGAAGGCUUGUGGUCUUCAAUGCAACCUAAAGACGAAGCCAGGUUCCUCAGCAAGGCAGCACUCCUCCCCUCCCGCAGGGCACCACCCUCUCCACGUCCCAUACGGUGAAAUGUCCUGUUCCAUAGCUGGAAAGAGGCUGCUCUGGCAUGGCCUGUGUUGUGUAAAAAUCUGAGGUGCCCCGGGUGACCAGGCACUGAGCAGUGACUCACUGCUGAGUGGCUUGCGCAGUAGAGUCAGGUCAUUGUGACCUGCGGGCAGCUUUCACCUCACUCCAUCCUCCCUCCGUCAGCCUCUGUUGUACUUCACUCUUCAGACCAAUCUGUGGAUAAUGUAGGCUUCUCUCCUACAGUUGACAAGACUAAUUUGUGUCAAAGCACAGCGUAAGUACACUGUGGAUUAUUUAAGGUAAAUUAAUGUAUGUUUAUCAGAGUAACUGGAAGUAGAAAUGUAAUCCUUUGUUGCAAAAUAAGUAUAUACAGCAUUGUCUCCUCUCAGUGUAUUGGUAUUAUAUCUGACACAAACAAACUAAAUCCCAAAGCAGAAGUACAGAACCAUUUGUUAUUUUAAACACCUAAUAAUACAGUGAACAAACCUAGUAGUUGUCCUUCUCUGUAAGACCCCUAUCUUUAUUUCACCAUUUUUAUUAGCUCUGUAAUUGCUUAUAUUCCUGAUUUUAAAAUUCACAAUAAAUAGUGGAGUUCUCUCU